ACGCGAGGCUCCGCCCACACGGGGCGGGGCUGGGGGCGGGGCUCCGAGCAGCACUAAAGUCGGCGCCAGCUGCGGGAGUUCCCCGGAAGCGGCGUUGGUUACCACGGCAACGGCGCAGGCGGCGGCGGGGCCUGGUCGACAUUUGGCAGGCCGAGAACUAUGGGAUUGUUCGACAAGCUAGCAGGGUGGCUUGGGCUGAAGAAAAAGGAGGUUCAUGUUUUGUGCCUUGGUUUGGACAACAGCGGCAAAACAACGAUCAUCAAUAAACUGAAGCCUUCAAAUGCUCAAACUCAGGACAUUGUUCCGACGAUAGGAUUCAGUAUAGAGAAAUUCAAGACAUCCAGUUUGUCUUUCACUGUAUUUGAUAUGUCAGGCCAAGGCAGAUACAGAAACCUCUGGGAACAUUACUACAAAGAAGGCCAAGCCAUUAUUUUUGUCAUUGAUAGCAGUGACAAAUUAAGAAUGGUUGUGGCCAAAGAAGAACUUGACACUCUUCUGAAUCAUCCAGAUAUUAAGCACCGUCGACUGCCUAUUCUUUUCUUUGCUAACAAGAUGGACCUCAGAGAUGCAAUAUCAUCUGUGAAAGUAUCACAGUUAUUAUCAUUAGAAAACAUCAAAGACAAGCCUUGGCAUAUCUGUGCCAGUGAUGCUCUUAAAGGAGAAGGUUUACAGGAAGGUGUGGACUGGCUCCAAGAUCAGAUGCAAGCAAUGAAGACAUGAGAGAUAAAUAAAAGAUGUAUGGUAUUUUCUCUUACAAACUUUGUUAGCAGCUGACAAGUUCUUGGAAAGGAAGAAAAGCUUGAAGAAAAUGGAAUACUUCCGCUCAAUAAUUUGUGAUGAUUUGUUUCCUUUUAGUAUCUCUUCCAGAAAAAGUAAAUAUAGAUGACAUAGUAUCUCAGGUAUGCACAUCCGUGAGUUAAACUGAAUUGUGACUGGGGAGCAUAUUUAAAACCAAAAAUGUGUAAGUAAUAAGCAUCUGCAUUCAUUUGAGUUUUUGGUGAUAAUUAGCCAUGGGGAAGCACCCCACUUCUGGGAGGAAAACAAUUUGUGGACAAAUGAGAGUAUUUAUAUUCCUGAGGAAGUAUAGUCAGUACUUCCUGAAAUGAAACUCUAUGAAAUACCUAAAACAGAGUACCUACAAACCGUAGGUAUUUCUGGAUUUUUUUUUACUGUAAGUUUUGACAUUGAGUUUUUAAUAACCAUCUGCAGUAGACUGCUAGAAGAAUAUUUUGAGGUUAACAUGGAUUCAAAUGUGAAAUGCAGCUGUUACAAAUGACUGCAGGUGUUUCAAGGAAUUUCUCGUAACCAGAUGUUACAAACACUUUUUGUGCUAUGUCAUGGUUAUAUUUGCAUUCCCGUCAAUAAAACUUCAGAUAUACAACAUGUCAUGUUUUUGUUUUUUUAAACAUAAAUAUGUUCAUUGAUGGUCUUUACAUGAUAGAGACUUUUGCUUUUCAGUUAAUCUCAUUUGGGUUUUUUGUCCAUUUUUCAAUGGAAAUGGGAUUUUAUAAUAAAACAGUUACCUCUUU